CCACAACAAAGAUGGCGGCGGCCUCGCGUUCGUGGCCGUAGUCGCAGGCUCGGCUGCAGGUUCUGGCUCUGAGCGGUGACUCUGGGGUGGGCAGCGGCCAGGGGCUGCUCUGUGCCAGCGAGCGGCAGGCUCGGGGUGCCAGUCCUCCUCCUCUCUUCUAUACCAGUGAGAUCGCAUCUGAAGACUGGGCCCAGCCUCGUGGGGACUGCAGGGCUGGCGCCUGUGGGUGGUGGCGAGAGGCAGGAGGAGCCGGGAUUAUUUCACCUGCACAAUGUUUGGGGACUUAUUUGAAGAGGAUUUUUCCUUUAUUUCAAAUGAUCAUUGUGGAAGAGGGAAGAAGUCAAAGCUCAGAGAUUCUGAGCCUCCGGCUCCCAGGGAUUUCACCAACAUAAGUGGUAUCAAAAAUCAGGGUGGGACCUGCUACCUCAACUCUCUUCUGCAGACUUUGCUUUUCACACCUGAAUUUAGAGAGGCAUUGUUCUCUCUAGGACCCGAAGAACUUGGGACUCUGGAUGAUAGCAAUAAACCCGAUGCAAAGGUUCGAAUAAUUCCAUUACAGCUUCAGCGGUUGUUUGCUCAGCUUCUGUUAUUGGACCAGCAGGCUGCAUCUACAACAGACCUUACUGAGAGCUUUGGGUGGAAUAGCCAUGAGGAAAUGAGGCAGCAUGAUGUGCAGGAAUUAAAUCGGAUCCUGUUCAGUGCUUUGGAAACUUCCCUUGUGGGGACUUCAGGUCAUGACCUUAUUAACCGGUUGUACCACGGGAUUGUUGUCAACCAGAUUGUUUGUAAAGAAUGCAAGAAUAUCAGUGAAAGACAGGAGGAUUUCUUAGAUUUAACGGUGGCAGUAAAAGGUGUUGCUGGCUUGGAGGAGGCCCUGUGGAACAUGUAUGUAGAAGAAGAGUAUUUUGAAAAUGAGAACUUGUAUCGAUGUGGAGCCUGUGAUAAACUCGUUGAAGCCUCAAAGUCUGCUAAACUGCGCAAGUUGCCACCUUUUCUCACCAUUUCUCUCCUGAGAUUUAACUUCGACUUUGAGAAGUGUGAACGAUACAAGGAAACGAGCUGCUAUACAUUCCCCAUCCAGAUAAAUCUGAGGCCUUUUUGUGAGCAGACUGAAAUGGAUGAUUCAGAGUACAUGUAUGAGCUCUUCUCUGUUAUUAUACAUAAAGGUGGCUGCUAUGGAGGACACUAUCAUGUUUAUAUCAGAGAUGUGGAUGAAUUAGGAAACUGGCAAUUGCAAGAAGAUGAUGAUAGCCUGAUUGAAGAUAAGGCUUUAAGACAUACUGAAAAUGGUGAAGAAGAAGAAAAUCCAUUGGUUGUGUUGAAAGGGAUUUUAUCAGAGGAAGAAUCUAAACAAAUUCCUGUGGAUCAAUUAGGGCAGAAACUAUUGGAGAAAAAAGGGGUGUCCUGGAAUAAAAAAUACCGAAAACAACAUGGAGCAUUACGAAAGUUUUUGCAGAAUCACCGUCAGAUAUUUCACUUCAGUCCUGAUGAAAAUAAGGUUGGUCUGAAGGAAAAACACAAGCUCCCAUUUAAGUCACAUUCUCAAGGCCAAGAUCUUCUAAGCCCUCCUCAGAAGAAUGAUGUCCAGUGGAAUUCAGAAAAGAGCCCUACGAGGCUAAGGGACAGUUCUGUUGGUUGCCAUUGGUUUGAUCUAAAUGAUUCAAAAGUCCAGCCAAUCAAGGAGAAGGAUAUUGAGAAGCAAUUUCAGGGUAAAGAGAGUGCCUACAUGCUGUUCUAUCGAAAAUCUCAGUUGAAGAGACCACCUGAAGCAAGAGGAAAUCCAAGGUACCAAAUUCCUGAACACCUUCUGAAUGAAAUGAAAGCUGCUAAUACUGAGCUGCAAAAAAAGAGAGUGGAGUGCGAUUCAGCGAACAAUGGCAUUGAUUUACAUCUCCACUUGAGCUCAUGUUACAAAUUUCACAAUGGAGCUUUGCAUCCCUCUCUUACAUGGAAAGAGAGUGUUGUGGACUUAACUAUUGACAGAAGAAAAACACUAGGAGAACUUCGACAAUCAGUUUUCCAGAUGUUGGAAUCUUGGGAAGGAGACAUGAUUCUUAGUAUUGCUAAGCCUUUACCUGCAGGACUACAUCUUUACCAUGUACUUGAUGGAGAUGAACUGACACUGGAUGCCUUUGGGCUGGCCGAUGGAGCAGACAUCUUUGUGUGGAAUGGGAAAGAGGUUGGUGGUACAAAGGUGAUGACAGGCCCUGAUCAUGAACCUGUGGUCGUAAACGUUCUUCGCUUAGCAGAGUAUAAUGAAGGAGGGAAGGGUCAGCACUUCACAGAAUCGCAGCACGUCUUUCCGUGCAGCACAAAGCUGGGUGAGCUGCGCAGAGCCCUAGCGCCGGCAGGAGGAAUUGUCUUAAAGAACAGCUCAGGACCAGAGAAAGAAGCCAAGAACUGGGAAGUUUUUCUUGAGGAAGAUAUGAAGGAAACAGUCAAAAGUGUUGGUCUGACAGAUGGAUGCUCAGUGCUAAUCUUAGACAGCCACGACCAGAGCUUUGUGAAUGUGUCAAGUGGCAAUUUGACUGCUUUUACCUAUGACAUCAGCUGGCUCCAAGUUAAAAACUUCUGCACAACUGAUGGUGAAGAGAAACAUGUUAAAAUCACUGCCACUAUUGAAACAGUGAUGUCAGACAUCAAAAUGAAAGCAAUACGUGAGCUUCAGCUAGAGGAGGAACUAGCAAAUGACAGUUGUCUUAGACCUGUUAGUGCAAAUGGGAAACUUCUGUCUCCAGUGCCUGAGGAUUAUACUGUCAAGGAAGCAGAACUGAAAAUGGGAAGCUUGCUAGGGCUGUGUCAUGGGAAAGCUCCGACUUCCACGCAGCUCUUCUUGUAUUUUAUGGUUGGGAGCGACCAGAAUGCAAGCUCAGAGAUGGAAAUAGUUGUGGAGGAGACAGCCUCUGUCAAAGAGUGUCUCAACUUAAUGCUGGAAAAGGCUGGAUUAUCAGGUGACAACUGGCAUUUGAGAAGGAUUGACUGGUGCUAUGAAGCAGGGGAAGCAUUAAGUCAGGAAAAUGCCACUCUGAAGGAACUUAAUGUUUGCAAAGGAGAUACUUUGGUUCUAACUGAGGGAAAGCUUCCUCCAAAGGGUUUCUUGAAAAUACCCAUCUGGUGGUUCAAGUCUUCAAGUCAUAAGAAGCAUGGAGAGAAGGCACACGACCAAGUGAAUGGGAUUACCUGCAAGAUGGAUGCAUUGCAGUUGUCUCCUGCAGGAAGUGAAGAUCCACCAGAGUGCAUCCACACAGACAAGGAUCUUUGUUAUGCUGGCAGUGUAGAAAUAGCAGGAGAAGCUUCUUUGGAAGAUCUGAAGAUACAGGUUUUGACCUUACCAUGCUUUCAGGAGCAGACUGUGCCAUUGCCCUCAUUUCUCAGAGCGUGGACAAUGGACAGUAAGCGCCCAGGCAAGCUUUUACGAAACAACAAGCAGCACCUCAAUGACUAUAAGCUGGGUGCCAGAGUGGAAAUCUGCAUAGAACCUUUGCAAAAAGAAGAGAAUUUGGGCCCCCAUGAACUGCUGCUUCGAGUCCAGAUGAGCAUACCAGAGGAGAGGGACUACUAUGACUCUACAGACUUGGUGUGGGAUACCUCCAAAGAAUGCACAGCCUGGGCACUGAGGCAACGAGUGGCUUCCCACUAUUGUCUCCCUGUAGAUAAAAUUGAAAUCGCCAAAUACUUCCCUGAAAGAUUUGAGUGGCUACCAAUAUCGAGCUGGACACAGCAAAUUUCAAAGAGGAAACGGAAGAAAAAACAGGAGAGUUUGCAGUCAGCACCUUACCACCUGAAAGAUGGAGAUAUCAUUGGUGUGAAGAAUCUUCUCCUUGAUAACACUAAGGAUUUCAGCACGGUGAGAGAUGAUGUUGGAAAGGAGAAACAAAGGCAGCUUGCAUUGGAAAAGAAGAAAAGUCGGAAAGUCGAGCGCUUGCAGGACCAUAUUUUCGCUGAGGAGAAGCAGACCAUUAAGCCCCGUAAACCAGAAGUGGCUCUUUCUAUCAAUGUGGGUGUUUUCAGAUAGCACCAGGAGACGAUUUGCUGACCAGACCGUACUACCAGUGUACUCAACUGACAUGGAGCACCUCAGCUGGACCAGCAAGAGGGUCUUUUCUGAAGUGUCUUGAAGUACCAACAAGACAAACUGGAAUAGGGUUCAAGAUAACUCUGAUUUUUCUCCUCAUGUCUCUUGGAGAAGUGCUUUAGCAUCUCUUUAUCCAUAUGGUAUUAUUCUCAGGCUAGGUAAAUGCACCUUAUCCAUGAGAAAACAGAUUAAUAUAUUGAAUAACCUUUUGGUGAUUGUUUUGUAAUCACUCUAAAUGCCUUUUUUUGGUUUGGAGUCAGAUACAGAUAUCUUGCACCAGAGUCUGCAGGGUUUUUCAGUGCAGUCAUCAACACUUUUUUUCUUUUAAAGGAUUUUUUUCCAUCACUGAAAUUACUAAGUGUAUCAGAAUUGGCCUGUUUCUCAUUGCAUAGAAAACUAAGUAGCUAGAGUCAGAUUUCAGAAACUGGAAAAAAUGUGGAGAUCUCUGAACAAAGUGUACCAAAUUUGCUCCAGAAAAAAGGCAAAUUCAAACUCUCAUCUAGCUCUAAAACCUGAAGAUCUUUUGUGAUAUGGAACAACAGUAUGGUAAUGUUCUAUCUUAAACUUGCUAGGACUUUUUAGUUGUCUGUAAGCUUUAUGAAGAAACAAAAUGGAUGCAAAAAAUUGGCAAUUGGAUGUUUGGUCUGAAGUGAGGUUUAUUGUGCUCAGGAAAAAGGUUUGUAUUUAUUUUUAAUACUGUUAUGCAGAGGACUUUCCCUCGUUUCUUACCUAAUCAAUUGUUCCACAACUCUGCUAAAUUUGAGAAAAGGAAGAUGCCGGUGUCACAAAUCUGAUUUAUAGCCUCCAUAACACCUUGGCUGCCAGUUGAACUCAUUGUCGAGGGUUCUGAAGUAAAAUGUUUGCUUCAGAAAACCUGUGAGAUUGAAUCUCAAGAUAGAGAAUGUCUUUAGCUGACGAGAGACCAUAUUUUUCUUCCCCCAAGGCUGGGAAUCGGUUUACUAGAAGCUGGAGUUUUGCAUCUUUAUCAAAACUCUUCUAAUGCUUACAAUACUUAAGCUGUGUUCCCCCACAUUUUACAUAAUCAUUCAUAACUUCAUUUCCCCAGGGCUCAGAAUUUUCUUUGAGCACAGCUAAUACUGAUGAAUUAAUCCAAACUCUUAAUGGAGUUAAUUUUUUAUAAUGGGAUUUUGAAUGAUUAGGUGAAAAUGGAAUGGUGGAAGAUAACACAGAAGCAUUUCUGGCUGCUGGCACCUAAUGUGUGUGCCUUUUACAACUAGGAACUUGUGCAAAUGUAUUGCUGUAGCAGGUGAAGUCCACUAUCAAAGCUCACUGCAGAGUCCUGUUGAGCUGCACAAAUGCCCAGAAACCUGUUCUGAAAUGAAUGAUUGCUCAAAACCACCGUUUGAACAUAUUCCGACGUAUCCUUAUUUAAAUUUGUGCUAAUGAGAGGAUGAAAGUCAUUUUGGAGGACUGACAUAGAAGAUUAACCUGUUUAUUUUGUGUAGAGGAUACUGUAGUAAUAGAUGCCAGUGCAGCAGGCUACUAGUUUGGGCUAGUGUAAGAAGAGCUUUCUCUUUUAUAGGUUAACAGUAUUCUGGUGUUUCAGACAGCUUCAAGACAAAAACUGACACUCUCAGCUAUCAGUGGAAAAAGCAAGAGAGUCACAGGCACCUUGAAACGUAAGAUUUUUAUUUCUCUGCAUAUCCUCAAAGUGCAGCAGGUGCUUCUGUGCUUUCUUAGGCCAACUGGUUCCAGAAAGGGGCUAUUUUAAUUUCCCCACUCUUUGGGUUGUAGAUAGGCCUUACAUAAACCUUGAAAUCCUGAUUUUAUGAAUGGAUUUUCUUAUUUUGAGUCACCUUCUUCCAGAUCAACAAGUGUUCUUGUGCCAGGGUUUACAGAAAUGCUCACAAGUGCUGGUUACUGAGGUAAGCAGGAAUGGUUUGUGUUUGCGGGUUGUUCCAUUAUAUUGCACUUGCUGUCACUUUAAUCCCUCUAGUUCCUUGCUGGACAGCUGUACUGAGCUGAGCCUUCCAAUCUACCUUUAAUAACUCUGAUCUCUUCUUGAAAACACAACGUUUGGAGAAAUCUAAAUACAGAUUGCAAACACUAUAAUGUGAGGAUUUUAGUAUGUGCCUUUGUAAAAGUGUAAUGUAGCAGCGCCUGCACUGAACCAAUCUUGGAUUAUCCCUAAUGUUGGCUCAAUGCAUAUCUUUUUUUUCUUAAAAUCUAUUGUGGGUCAUUCCACAGUGACAGAGCUCAUUAAAAAUGGGACUGGGGAGAGGGAACAGCUUUUUACAGUGGAGUCUUUGUGAUUCCACAGUCUGUGAUGGUUAAGCCUGGAAAAGCUUUCAUCAUUAUUUUUCAGGCGAUCCUCAAAAAAUAAAGAGUCCUUUCUAUA